GGGGCAGGAACAGAUGAGAAGGUGCUGGUGCAGAUUCUCGCCUCCAGAACACCUCAGCAGGUGAAGGACAUCGUCGCUGCUUACAAACGGGCUUUAAGGCAGGAGAGCAGAAGUUUGGAACUGAUGAACAGACGUUUGUCACCAUCCUGGGCAACCGGAGCGCCGAACAUCUCAGAAAAGUGUUUGAUGUUUACAUGAAGCUGUCUGGAUACGAGCUAGAGGAGAGCAUCAAGAGGGAAACGUCAGGCUGCCUGAGAGAACUGCUCCUAGCAGUUGUGAAAUGUGCCAGGAGCGUUCCAGCCUAUUUUGCUGAGACCCUGUAUCACGCCAUGAAG